AUGUCAGGCGACAACUUCACGGCGGCCAUGGCCAACCGGUCGCGCCGUACUGUCGAGACUGAACUCAAGUUUCUUGCCGAACUGUCGGAAAUCACACAUGAGCAAUUGUCGUCGAUUCUGGGCCUGCUCGCCGGGGAACAGUCGCGGCAGCUAUCGCAAUCGCAGCCACCGCAGCCGGCUCCGGUUCCACUCCCAGUGCAGCAAACAGUUCCUCCUCCGCCAAUUCAGCAGCCUAUUGUGCCUCCUCCGGCACCGUAUUCGCCUCCAACCAACCAGUUUGCCAACACUUCAUUGAACGAAAAGGCGCCAGUGCAGCAGCAUCCCCCUCCUCCGGGGCCGCCGCCGGGGCCGCCGCCUGCGUACGGCUUGUGCACGGCCACAGCCUUGUAUGCUUUUGAGGUGAAAGACCACGGCGACUUGGAAUUGCAACCAUAUGACAAAAUUCAAGUCCUCAAAUACGAAAAUGAUCAAUGGUGGUAUGGGCGUAACGAACGGACCAACCAGGAGGGUAUCUUCCCUCGUGCCUGGGUGAACGUGGUCCAGGAGAAGGGUCCUCCUCCUCCUCCCCCGGCUACCAACUAUGGAAACAUGCCCCUGGAAGUGAGCCAAAGCGGUUCUGCGCCCCCGGGACCUGAGGGCGACGGCAAGGGCAACAAGUUCGAGCAGCAUGGCAAGAAAUUUGGUAAAAAGAUGGGUAAUGCCGGUACGUUAUUGCGCGAUUCCCCCAAUGCCGCUUUGUACGUAAACCGUGCUAACUCUCUGCUUUCGUUCUUAGCGAUCUUCGGUGCUGGCGCUACGAUGGGAUCCAACAUCGUGAAUAGCAUAUUCUAA